AUGACUCUCGGCCAAGAUUCGGGUCAUUUCUUGAUCCCAGUUUCCGAGGGUCACAAAUAUGAUCUGGACAUCAAACGCCAUGUCACAGUUCCAAAGGGUGUAGCCGAAGAGGAGUCUUUUCUGGUCUCGCUCGAUGUAAUGCACCAGAUCCACUGUCUUGACACACUACGCGAGAACCUUUGGUACAACCGCGACUGGUACGCCACCCAUCAAGAGCAACAUCCCAAGCUCUCGGUUCACAAGGCGCACACGAACCACUGCCUCGACGCUCUCCGAGAGCGGCUGAUGUGCCUCUCGGAUGUAACCUUCCUACCGAUGGUAUAUAUCGACAGAGAAGGUUGGACACUGCCAGACUUUGAGAGGCGCCACAAGUGCCACAACUUUGACGCAACCCGCGAGUGGGCGUACAAGCACAGAUUAUCCAAUGCUGCUGCCAACUACAAAAAAGUAGCUGGGCCGGAGAAGAUCCUUACUACUUUCCCUGGAUUCUAUGACAUUUAUCCAGAGCUCAACAAUGCAGAUCAUAAGGAUCCGAACCAUGAGCAUUCAGACGAUAAGGGGCAUAUCCAUUGA